AUGUCAGAAUCUUGCCCUCCUCAAGCAUUCAUCGACAUCGAUUUCAAGCCCCACUGGCUGGUCAUGGCUGUACCAAGCAUUCUUGGACUCAAUGGCCAACUUCUCAAUGCUAGCAAGAUUACAUUUUAUCACGACAUUGAUGAUAAGGAGCCCCUCCCUCCUGCUGUCCCAGCCCAAUCUAUGGGUCGUGGUCAGUGUGUCAAAUUGAUCGCUCGCUUCCAAGCCUCUGUUCGGUCUGACCAGUUUGACAAUGAUGGCCAGCUGGAUGCUGCUCAGCCAAAGCACCGCCACAAGAAGAAGACGAAAGCAGCAAAUCCCGACACCGAUGCUGAAGAUGGAACUUUUGCCAUUGACUUGAGCUCAGAUGCAGAAACAAUGGACAGCAGGAGUGAUGUUGAGGGAAGGCUUGUUACGAACACAGAGCUCGCCAACAUGCUUCCAGCCAAGACUAUCCCAGGUGGUGUGUCGCGUAAGCACUCCAAGCGCCGCCAGUCCUCCAGUGCUGCUCUCUCCACCGCGAAGAAGCCCUGUCAGCGUGCCACAGUCGAAGAUGCUGAAAACAAUGAAGUACAGGUUGUCAACAUGCUGACAUUGAUCAUCAUCACUGAGGCACCUCCACUACCAUCUCACCCUCUGUCUCUCAAGAAGGCCGGAUCAGCCUCAAGUGUUGCAAGCACAGCGACACACGGGAAGUGCAACAACAUCUACCUGUUCUACAAGGAGGUGACCACCGCCACUGAUGGAACCACUGUUGAGGGCAAUCGGUACUACCGUUGCUAUCAUGGCUCAUGCAAGGUUUUUACCAUCACACCUGCUAUGAAACACAGUGUCAAAAACAUGAUCCAUCACCUCGAGGCCCACUUCCCUCAGAUGCACAAGCUUUGGGCACACCUUGAACAACGCAGGGAGCCACCUACUGAAAUUGAAAUCAAGAUCACGUCAGCUUCAAAGGAGUUGAGCCAGAAAGAUAUGGCUGACUACCUGAAGGUGCGAGAGUUGGCAGAGCCGAUAUCCACGCUCGAUGACACCUUUUCAAAACAAUUGGCGUCAACUUGGGAUCAAGGACACUUUGAAGAGCUCCUUGCCAAGUGGAUCAUUGAAUGUGAUGAGCCGUUUGAUGUUGUUGAACGUCCAUUGUUCAAGGAGCUACUUUCCUAUGUACAUCUAUUUUCAUGCCAACCGCUGAAGACACCAGGCUGCACCACAAUAUGUACAAAGAUCAUGAAGCUUGGGGAGGACACUAUUGAGGGAGUCAAAUCUUCGUUUGAGGCUCUUGAAUCACAAGUGUUGCUCUCUUUGGACGCUUGGACAUCAGAGAAUCAGAUUGUGUUUCUUGCUAUAGUUGCUCACUACAUCACAAACAAUGGGGAAUCAGAAGAGCUUCUGAUCGACUUCAAAGAAAUCAUUGGAGAACACAGUGGCGAGAACAUGGUGUCGAUGGUCUGGGAGACGCUUGAGCUUUAUGGUUUGAAAGGAAAGAUUGUGUCCCUCAUUAUGGACAAUGCAUUUAACAAUGACACACUUGUUGAGGGUAUAGCAUCGCGGUGCAAGCAAGAGGGCAUCCCUUUUUCGGCACAGGAUGCGCGUGGCUGCUGCAUGCCCCACACAAUUCAUUUGGCCGCUGUACUGCUCCUCGAGAACAUUGGUGCCAUCUCCAUCGGUGAAGCUACUCGAGCAGGCACAAGUUCUGUUGUAUAUCAGGAAGCUGCUGGCAGCUCUGCACCUGGUGAUGAUGACGAAGACCCAAAUAUUGUCGACAGCAAGCCCCUCAACCUCGAUACCAUUGACCCAAUUGACACAUCGGCAAUUGGCAAGCUUCGCAAGAUUGUUUGUGCUGUUCGUUCCAGCCCCCAAUGUCAUGCUGCAUGGCUUGACAAGAUACGCUCACAUAACGUGGCAACUAGGGACAACUUGAAGUUGCUCAUGUUAAUCUUGGACAUCCAGCGUGCUGCAGAGCUCAAGAAGCCACUCAACAACUUUGUUGCAAAGACCUGCCAGCUUCGUCCGUAUGAGCUGACUGACCAGGACUGGACCUCAGUCAAGAUGGUCAUGGACUGGCUUCAUAUCUUCAAGGAUGCGACCCAACAGAUGUUGGAUAAGCUCAAGACCAUCCUACACUCCCUGCCUGCCAAUGUUCCCACCAAUGUCAAGAACGGUCUGGUUCGAGCCCAUCAAAAGCUGAGUGAUUAUUACUUCAAGUUUGACCAGUCGCCGCAUGUUUGUUGGGCCGCCUUGUUGGACCCGCGCAUCUCUUACACUGCUCUCGCUGAAGACUUUGCCAACAACCUUGAUCUUUCUGACAGCCUUGAAACUCUCAAAACCGAGCUCAGAACAUACUAUCUCACCAAUUAUGCUGGACGUCACACUCCUUCCCCCUCAUCCACUCAAGCCUCAUCGCAUUCGACUCUGGGGACCUCGGUGUCAUCAGCACCUAUCACCAACUUCACUGCUCACUAUCAGUGUCAGGACUUCAACGCAUGCGACCCCAUCAAGUGGUGGUAUGCUCAUCAUCUUCAGUUCCCCAACCUCUAUCGCCUUGCUCAUGAUAUUCUGGCCAUACCAGGAUCUGCUGUUGCUGUUGAGUGCAUCUUCUCGGGUGGCUGUGACAUGAUUUUGAUUCGUCGUGCCAGCCUCAAGGCAAAAACCAUUUGCACGUUGAUGAUCCUCAAGCAGCACCUUCGUCUGGCUCAUGCCAUGCCUGCCGUUUGUAGAUAUCCCCUAUUCUCAUUGCCCCCCGCCACACCCAGAACCCACCCUGCCAUCCCACUAGCCCCUAUCAUGCAUGCCCCACCAUCCCUCCCUGUUUCAGACAGAUUUCCCAUGCUUUCCCCACCCCUCCCGCCCCCGCAGGCCUACCCAACCCCCGCCCCACCCCCAGGAGGGUUGUUUGGUCAUUUAUUUACCCCCUCCCACCUCCAAACAAAUCCCUAUGGCCCCAGCAUCUUCAGCAAACUCACCCCAGCAGCCUCAGAAAACCUGACUGCUUAA